ACUUCUACUCGUAACCUUGACGCCUGGAAAUAACAUAAGACUUUUAAAACAAUUAUCGGAUAGAUUGACAGAACUGGCGAAAAAAUAUUCCAUGAUAAUCUAAAAGUACAAAGGAAAUUAUAUCUUUCACGUGUACUGAAUAGUUUGUUAUGGCGGAUUCAGAAAAAGAGGAGAUACUAGAUCGUGAAGGAACUAUUUCUAAAGCAACAGAAACUAAUCCUCCAGAAGCAACUGAAGAACAUGCAGAAAACGGUGAAAAAAAGGAAGAAGAAGCUGACUCUGCAGCUGUAAAAAUUCAGGAACAAGAUGAUAAACCUGAUGACGGUCCAAAAGAUGAUAAUACUGCUGAGGACGCGCCAGGAGAGGCAGACAAAGAGACCAACGAAGAGGAUAAGAAAAACGAGAAUCAAGAAGAUGCUCCAAAUGAAAGCCAUCCCGAUGAUGAAAAAGAGAAUAAAGAAACAAAGGAAACCGAUGACAGCGGUGAAGUAAGAGAAAAAUCUGAUUCUCAAGUUCAAUCUGACCCGGCUGAGAGUAAGAAACCUGAAGAGGUUACAUUGAAAGAAGGUGAAGAUAAAAAGGAGGAAGAGGUUGUGGUAGAAAAUAAGGAUGAUAUUUCUGAAAGGCCAGAGCCAGAAGGUUCUAAAGAAGAAGAAACUGAAGCAGCUAAACAGGAGGAAGAAUCUAAAGAUGAGUCCAAGGCUGACGGCGUGGAAGCAGAACCUAAAGCUGAAGAAUCUACUGAAGAGCCUAAAGUUGAAGCAUCUUCUGAAGAACCUAAAAUUGAAGAGUCUACCGAAGAACCUAAAGCUGAAGAAUCUACCGAAGAGCCUAAAGUUGAAGCGUCUUCUGAAGAACCUAAAGUUGAAGAGUCUAAUGAAGAACCUAAAGCUGAAGAAUCUACCGAAGAGCCUAAAGUUGAAGCCUCUUCUGAAGAACCUAAAAUUGAAGAGUCUACUGAAGAACCUAAAGUUGAAGAGUCUACUGAAGAACCUGAGGCAAAGCCUAAAGCAGAGGCCACAGAAGAAGCUAAAGUUGAAGAAGGCACGGAACAGCCGAAAACUGAAGAAGCAACGGGCGAACCUAAAACUGAGGAAACCACAGAAGAAUCAAAGGCUGAGAACGCCGGAGAAGAACCUAAAGUAGAAGAAACUGCUGAAGAACCCAAGGAAGAUGAAAAGACAGUUGAAGCAGAUAAACCUGCAGAAGGAAAGACAACUGAUGACAGCGAACAGCAAGGUGACGUACCUAAACCAUCAGAAGGUGAAAAAGAACCAAUGACUGAUCGAGCAGAAGAUGUAGAAGCAGACGCUAAACCUGAAGAAGCAAAUGAUAAAGAGAAUGAAAAAAUAUCUCCAAGAGUUGAUGUCGUCGCAACAGUAGCCCCACCUGGGGAUGAGUCUACAUCGGAAGGGAAUCUUACGGCAACUGUCAAGUUUUUAUUAAUGCCCAGUGGCCAGGUAUCAACAAAGCGUUGUCGAUUAGCUCAGACUAUAAGCAAUAUCAAGACUGAGUUUGCUAAAGAGUUGAGAAUUCCCUCUUCUGUGAUACUGUUAUCAUAUGGUGCGGAUUCAUUGAAAGAUGGUAUUACAUUAGGAGAGCUUGUAGAGCCUAAUGGGAUAGUACAAAUCGAAAUAGCAUCAGCAGAUCCUCUGAACGCUCCUCUAAAAGAUUUAAAGAAACAGGAGGAAUAUCAAAUGCCAGACAUUCUAACUGUUCGCGUUCAAAGAGAAAAUGGAGAAACGAAAGAUGUUGUGGUUGAAAUUGAAAGAAAUUCAAUAAAGAAGGCUUAUCUUGGUGGAUUUCGUCAUAAGACAACUGGUGUUGAAUAUCAUAACGCAACCAGUCAAACGAUACCAAAACCCCGCCCUCCUCAUCCGGUCGAAAGGUUUUGUAGAGAUACGCAAACAAAUCAAUUUCGACAUCAGGUUCAACAAACAAACAAUACAACUUCUACUCAAAUGACAAAAGUUGGUUGCUAUUCGUUGAGUUCUAAAGAUAAAUUGGUUUCUCCUGGCAAAUAUACAACCGCUGAUGAAUUCCAUGAGAAACGAUUGAACAAAGUCAUUCUAAUUCAAAAGUAUUAUAGACGUUGGUUAGCCAAACGAUAUGUUGAAAGAGUGAAAGAUGAUAAGGAAAAACGGCUAGAAUGGGAAAGAAAGGAAGAGUUGAAAAAGAAAAAGGAGAAGGAGGACAGGGUAAAGAGAGAGUACGAGAGAAGAAUGAAUCCAAAAUCAAAACAAGAUUUCGAUUUAUUAUAUCACGCUCUCGAAAAAUGGCGUCAAGAGGAAGUUGAGAAAAUCAAUGCAACGUUAGAAGGAGCUGAACGAAAAGCUGCUUUAUGCCAGCUUAUGGAACAGCAAACCGAGUUAAUUACAUCAGUUGGACGUCAUAAACUAAGCUCUGAUAUUGCUAAAAGAGAGGAAAUUAUUCAAAACUUAUUAGAAAAAGCGUCAUCGCCUAAGAAAUGGAAAGGACCGGAUGGUCAAGUAACCGAGAUGGAUACACCUUAUACGCUGAGAGCUCAAGAGCUUAGGGAUAUUUACAACAGCGUAACAAUGAGAUAUCUAACCCAGGAUGAAAGAUUGGACGUUUUGUUGACACUUAAACAUACCGUAAAAGAGCACGAUUGUAAAUUGACUAGAGAAAUUGUCGAACUUAUCGACAGAGAAGCUGAUUUAUUAAUGAGAGGUGUCAAAGAAUCAAAUUUAGAAGGGCUAAGAAAGAGAAUUAGCACCCUUUUCCUUCAAUACAUCAAAACUCCAACUUUCAAUCCAGAAAUUGCCAGACACCUCAAAGUUCCCCAGGAUGCUUCUACACUUCGAGGAAACGUUUUCUUCUGUCCGAGUUGCAAACAAUACUUACCGUCCACCGAAUUUCCAUUAUCCUCUAAAGCGUCGAUGGGCUCUUGUCGAAGGUGUAGAGCCACCGAUAACGUUUCUAGAACAAGGCACGAUUAUUCCUAUUACAGAAGCAUGCUAUCAUCCCUUCGAAAGGCGGAAGAGGCCUUUAAAGAUGGUUCUCAAAUUGCAUUCCUACUACAGGAUUCCGAUUUAAGAUACUUGGUAGAAAAUAUCUGGAAUGGACAAUCGGCAUUAUCGGCCUGGGAUGAUUUGUACGAUCUUGUAUUAGUUAGAUGGAUAAGGGAUGAGCACUGGUCACCGUGGAAUUGUGUAUUAUUAACUAAAGAAGAGGCUGCUGCUCACGAAAAAUUAGAAAGACUAGAAGAAGCCUACGGAAAAGCUAUGAUGCAUAAAGUUCAUCAAAGGCAUACAAUCGCUAGAAAUUACUUUUCAAGAUUACCGGCAAUGGCUGAAAGUCUAAAAAAAUUACAUCCUCCAAAAAAGUACGAAGAGAAGAAAGAAAAAAUUCUACAACCAAGAAUUUCAUCAGUUAAACUCGAAGCUUGAUUUUUCUUUCUUUUUCUUAACAUUAAGAGAAACAAAAGUUAAAAUCAAUGAAACAUAAAUUAUGACAAUAAAAAUUAUAAUUUUUGCUUUAUUAAUAAAAUUCAUCUCUGAAAAAAAAAAUCAAUAAAAAAAAUAAAAAAAAAACAUUUUUGCCUUCCUUUCUUUGUCAAAUAAAAAAUAUAGUAUCCACUCUCUUUCUGUCUCACACAUACAAUCUAUUUCCUUUUAUUAUGGAAUCUGUUGUAUAAAAACUUGGUUUUCUUGUUUUUUUUUUACUUCUCCGUUGAGAUAAUAUAUAUAAUAUAUAUAUAUACAGUAUAUAUAUAUAAAGUGUAUAUACUGUAUGUAUAAAUUGAUCUCUAUUACUAAAAAUUUUGAUUACAUCAUAGAUAAAUCUAAUAAAAACAAAUGGAAAAAAAUUUUUACCAAAAUUGACUUUUUCAUAAACAUUAGUCUACAUAAAUAAAACAUAUAUAUAUAUAUAUAUAUA